CGUUCUUCCAUUACUAUGACAGUUUCCUCACUUCAGUUUUAUGGUGUUUCUGCUUAUUUCAAGAGUAACCAGCAAUAAUAUUACCACAGAUCAGCAAGCUCUUCUUGCACUGAAAGGCCAUAUAACUCAUGAUCCUGCCAAGGCUUUGGCCAACAAUUGGUCCACAAGUAGCUCUGUUUGUUCUUGGAUCGGCGUCACUUGCGGCGCCCGUCACCGGAGAGUGGUAGCCCUGGAUAUCUCCUUCUUGAGUCUGACGGGCACCAUCCCGCCUCAACUGGGAACCAUGUCUUUCCUCGCAAAAGUCAAAAUUACAAACAACAGUUUUUACGGAUCUCUGCCUGAUGAGUUGGCUCAAUUACGUCAACUGAAAGUCAUCGAUUUCUCGUUCAAUAACUUCAACAGCGAGAUCCCAUUAUGGUUUGGGUCCUUUCCGAAACUUCAAGGCUUGAGUUUGAAAGGGAACAACUUUGUGGGGAAAAUUCCAAAAUCUCUAGACAACGUAACUUCACUGCUAAUGCUUGAUCUUAGUAAAAACCAGCUUUCAGGCAGCAUUCCCUCUUCCAUCUUCAACGUUUCUUCACUGCAAAAGAUCGAUCUCAGUGAUAAUCAGCUGUCUGGUUCCUUCCCUUCCAUCUUUUUCAACAUGCUUUCAUUACAAAGUCUUGAUUUCGUUCAGAAUGGAUUAUCAGGAGAAGUCCCGGCGGCUAUUUCGAUCACCUUCCGAGUUUGGAAUUGUUUCUCUUGUCAAUAAACAAGUUUGACGGCGAAAUACCGGCCACUUUGUCUAAGUGCAAACAACUCCAAUAUUUGUCCUUGUCGUACAAUUAUUUUACCGGAGCCAUACCGAAAGAAAUUGGGAACAUGACUGAGCUUAAAUGGAUACUUCUUGGCUAUAACAA